CUGUGUCAAGUUCCAGAGAAGAGUUUCUUCUGUUCCAAGUUACUAAUCAGGCUGAAACACAUAGAAUUGAAGGAAGGGGGUAGGAGGAAAAGAGUAUCAUGUUGCUAAUGGGCUAAGAGGAUCCAGCACUUCCUGGAGAAGUCGACCAAAGAAAGCCUCACCAUGUCCAUAGCUCUUUUUACACCUGUGUGGAGGAACAGUGUUGAGUGAAGGUCAGAAAAUAAGAAAACAGAAAUGCCCUGCACUUGGGUAACUUCUGAUCUUCAGCUACUACUGAGUUUGACUCUCUUCUUAGUUGCUGGACGUUCAAGUGCAGGAACGGAAGGUCCUUUUACAUCAAACAACUCAAUAAUGCCACAGAUUCACCAGGACAAAUACAGUUUGGCUUCAACAAUUACUUCAUCUACAUACAGAAAACAGAGCACUGUAACACCUCUUGCGGAAGUUAAUAUUUCACUACCUGUACUGGUGGAUACAACGGCUGAGCUCUAUUGCCCUCCUGUGCUGUGGACAACUGUGGUGGUAGCAACAUGGGAAAUAGUCCUCAGAGACAAGGCCCCCUGCUUCAGAGCCUACAGGGCUGAUACAAAUGAGACCACAUCAGGAAACUGUACUGAUGAGAGAAUAAUCUGGUCCUCCAGACUUGACCAGAAUCCUGCCCUUCAGAUUGGUCCAGUGGCCAUCACUCAUGAUGGGUAUUACAGGUGUCAAAAGGUAGCACCAAAUGGGAAUUUCCAUCGUGGCUAUCACCUCCAAGUAUUAGUACCCCCUGAGGUGACCCUGGUUCAAAGCGAGAAUGGAACUGUGGUGUGCAAGGCGGUCGCAGGGAAGCCGGCUGCUCAGAUUUCCUGGACCCCUGAGGGGGACUGUGUCACUGAGCAAAACCCUCACGGGGGCAAUGGCACAGUGACUGUCUGGAGUAUGUGCUACUGGAAGGCCCGUCAUGUACCUAAUGUGUCCUGCACUGUCUCCCACGUGACUGGCAACAAGAGUCUCUUCUUAGAGCUGAAUCAAGUUGAUAAUUACAAAAGAAUGUACUUAAGAAUUCUAUAUAUCAUCCCUCCUAUUUUUAUUAUCUUGGUCAUCGUGGGAUCCAUUUGGCUUUUGAAAAUCCUUGGCUGCAGAAAAUGUAAAUUGAAAAAAACAGAACCUACUCCAGUUGUCGAGGAGGAUGAAAUGCAGCCCUAUGCCAGCUACACGGAGAAGAAUAAUCCACUUUACGAUACCACAAACAGAGUGAAGACAUCUCAGGUGUUAAAUGAAGUUGAUGGGAUAAAUCUCCAUACUAUAUAUGUUUUUGGCAUCUCUCACGAGGACAAAUGAAUCAAGAUACAGUAUGGAUCCUGUUUUGAUUUUCUUAGAGUUCUAGAAUGGAAGGUCUAUUUGGAAACAAGUUUUUCAAAGAUUCUUAGAAGACAGAGACAUUCUAGAGGAUUUUCAUUCAUUUCCUUAUACGAUUGAAAUUUUAGAAUUUUAGCUGUUACUACCCAGUCCUGUGAAAAAUGGAUAUUAUUACAAAGAUAGCACAUACUCAUGAUGAAAUAUUCAAAUUGUUCAGUACAGUAGAUGAUGAAAACGGAGUUACUUCAAAUAACUCUGCAGAAGGAACAAUUACCAACACUUUUUUUUAUAAUUUUCUAGAAAAUUCUUAUGUGCCUAUGUCAUAUCUGUAUGUGCAUAGUAUAUGUAUACAUUCAUACACAUAUCCUUGUCAAGACACAAAUAGGAACAUACUGUAAUUCUGUACUUACAGAAAGCUAAUAUAUCUUGGAGAUCUUUUAUAUGAAUACAAGCAGAGCUACCUCAUUUUUCUUAAUGGUUACAUAAAAUUCCAUUGUGUGUAAUGGAAUUUAACUUAAUUAACCAAAACCCUAGUGGUGGACAUUUGGUUUAAGUUUCGUUUAUUUUGCUGUUAUAAACAAUACUACAUAGAAUGUUUCUUGUGGAUAUAUCUCUUCGUAUGUGCUUGGAUAUAUUUGUAAGAUAAUUUCCUUGAGAGAAAUUGCCAGGUCAAAGGGUUUGUGCAUUUUUAUUAUUGAUUUAUAUAUCAAAUUGUAUCAUUUAUGUUCCCUCCAACCCUCUUUGAAGUGCUUUUCCUUUUAUUUUAAUAUCUGUAGGAUGCCAACCUCAUGUUAGCUAAUAUAAGAUUAUAAUAAGAAUUUAACUAUUUAAUAAAACUGAAUUUAUAUUUUUCUUUCA